UUCAAUGGCGGGUGCGAACUGCGAUGGCCAGAUUGAAGGUGAAAUAUCAGGGUUUAGGGUUUUAACUUCGUUAGACUGUCCCUUGGCCCGUAGGUCCUGGUGCAAGGUUAGCUUUGCGUUCUUCCAAUUUUGUGAAGGGAGAUGAGAGGGUUACAGCUACCGUUGAGCCAAACUCAGAAGGUUCGAUUGCAGAAAGCUCUGCAACAGCUCGAGUCUCUAUCUUCCAAGGUCAAUUCUGAUGCUUCUGUCACCAUAGCUGAUUCCAUAUCGGUUAACCACGAAGAUGGCUUUCUCAAGGGACAUGGUACCACUGACCUCAAAGGCGAAGUUGUUGCCACUGUAUGCGGCGUGGUCGAGCGCGUUAACAAGCUUGUGUAUGUCCGCGCAUUACGCUCCAGGUACAAACCUGAGGUUGGAGACAUUGUGGUAGGGCGUGUUAUUGAGGUUUCCCAAAAGCGUUGGAAAUUGGAGAUAAAUUACAGUCAAGAUGCCACUUUGAUGCUUUCUUCUAUGAAUUUGCCUGAUGGCAUCCAGAGACGACGGACUGCUCUGGAUGAACUCAACAUGCGUAGUAUUUUUGAAGAGAAUGAUGUUGUUUGUGCUGAAGUUCGUGGUUUCCAGCAUGAUGGUUUACACCUUCAAGCAAGAAGUCAGAAAUAUGGGAAACUUAAGAGAGGUCAACUGCUUACUGUCACUCCUUACUUAGUGAAGAAGCAGAAGCAGCAUAUCCAUCAUAUAGAGCAGUAUGGCAUUGAUUUGAUACUUGGUUGUAAUGGAUUCAUAUGGGUGGGGGAACACGUUGAAGCCAAAGACGAUAUGAUAGACGAUCAAGCGAACCAAUCUGAAGGGCAGGAGCAAAAUUUUACGGCAUUAGAGACAAGAAAAUACAUAUGCAGGACUGCUAAUGCUGUUAGAGUAUUAUCCAAUUUGGGGUUCAAUAUGACUUUGGAAAUUAUCAAGGAAACGGUUAAUCUCAGCCUUUCUUUGAAUCUUGAUAUGCAUGAAAUGCUGGGUUAUGAGUUCUGUGUUCUGGUUGCUGAAAAAGAGGCUGAAAGGAGAAGCUCAAUUAAAAAGAAGCGAUAGAUUGUGGCCUUAUUUUAUCUGGGAAUUUUGUAGCUGUGUGUGUGACUUUUUGGGUGAGAUUUUUUAUUCAUAGGGAACAUUUGGUUACAUCCAUUUCCUAUGGUGGCAAGUUUCAGGUUAGGAAUUCUAACCCUAGUGUUUGGAUAUAAUCAUAUCAUAUAGAGAGAUGGUAGACAUGGUUGGAUAUGAGAAUUUUACCAUUUGUUUGCUACACAA